AUGGGUGGGGGACUAAAAAUGGGCGCGUUGCGCAUGUCGCGCAUGUUGCGGCUUCUGCUACUGAUGAUGAUGCUGGCCCCGCCGCUCAUUCCUGGCGUAUCUGCAAAAGUACCCAGCGGCCAUCACGCGAAGGACGACUUCCUCCUAAAAGCAUUAGCAAUGGACAAGACAAAAAUGGACCCUUCCUACUUGCAAAAAUAUGACAACCUAAAAUGGGAGGGGAAAAUAAUCGCCAUAGGAGAUAUUCACGGAGACAUAGAAAGUUUAAAGUUGAUUCUACGACAUGCAAAUUUGAUAAACGAAAAUGAUGAAUGGGUUGCAGAAAAUGUAUUGCUUGUUCAGGUGGGAGAUGUACUAGACAGAGGCAUUUAUGGUCCAUUAAUAUAUGACUUUCUAUUUAAAUUACAAAAGGAAGCACCUUUGAAAAAAAGCAAAGUCCUGUUAAUCAUGGGAAAUCAUGAACAAUUAAAUAUGUGUGGAUAUUUUGAUUAUGUAAAUAAGAAAGAAGUGGAGGUAUUUUUUAAAAAUAAUUUUAAUUACAGGAUGUUUCAAUUUGUGUUAAAUACAGGCAAGUAUUACAAAAGGUUAAUUCGGCUACCAGCAAUUGCUAAAGUGAAUAACAUUUUAUUUGUUCAUGCGGGAAUAAGUAAACAGAUUUCUUCACUUAGCUUAAACACCAUACGCUUAAAGACAAGAUUACAAAUUGAAAAUCUGUGCAGAGUUCUCACAUAUGACAAAUCGAUUAACUACGUAAGUCCCCAGGGAGUUCUUUGGAAUGACACAAUUUCACGCACAGCUCCGUAUGAUGAGCAGAAAGCUUGCUCAAUUUUGUCUCACGUUUUUAACAACUACAAGGCUAAACAUUUAGUCGUAGGACACACCAGACAAAUGACACAUGAAAUUAACUCCUACUGUAAUGGGGGUAUUUUUCUCAUCGACACUGGGAUGAGCCUUUUCAUGAACAACGGACAGCCGUAUCCAAACUACCUCGUUGCGCACGAUGGAACCUUCAAGUCAGUUCACUUAAACGUUGAGGUAAAUAAGAAGAACAAACAUUGUAAUGCGCUUGAGAUAGAACUGCACAGCCCCAACAAGCACAGCUUCUGCGUCCACACGAAGGAAACAAUUUUGUAUAAACCGAGCAAUGGUUGA